AGCAUUUCUUCACGAGGGUGUUAGGAAAUAACUGUCACUUAAUCAACAGUAUUUAGUGCAGCAUAAAAAAUAGCUAUUUAAUCAUGUCGUCAUCAUUUUGCGACUGCUUUCUUGCUAUCUAGGAAGCGUAACCAACAGAGAUUAAUUUCAGGGCAGUAUAACUUUCCUAAGAAGAGAAGACGAUGUCUGGAAGCUUUUACUUCGUCAUGGUUGGUCAUCAUGACAAUCCUGUGUUUGAGAUGGAGUUCCUGCCAGCCGGGAAGCCUGAAUCAAAGGAUGAUCAUCGUCACUUGAACCAGUUUAUUGCACAUGCGGCCCUGGAUUUGGUGGAUGAAAACAUGUGGCUGUCCAACAGCAUGUACUUGAAAACUGUGGACAAGUUCAACGAGUGGUUUGUUUCUGCAUUUGUCACUGCAGGACAUAUAAGAUUCAUCAUGCUGCAUGAUGUGCGACAAGAAGAUGGAAUCAAAAACUUUUUUAACGAUGUCUAUGAUUUAUACAUCAAGUUUGCAAUGAAUCCAUUCUAUGAAAUCAACGCGCCCAUCCGCUCAACAGCUUUUGACAGGAAAGUCCAGUUUCUUGGAAAGAAGCAUCUCCUGAGUUAAUCACUUCACAAAAAGAUUUGAAUACAGUUGGUUUUUUUUUUUUUGUUGUAUAUACUUAAUACAGUUUUUUCCAUGUUUAGAAAUGUAAAAUGUAUUCAGAGCAAAAGUUGAUUUAUAUAAAAAUGUUUUGUCUGGUAUUUUA